GCCAAAACCAAGAGGAAUGCCAAGUCGAAUAGAAGACGAAAUUAAAUAGUGUACCAACUGUAACCAAUCUUGCACAGGGUUCUGCAUUCUUGAAAAAACUUCACUGUUGUGUAUACAGGAGUUGUCUCGAGGAAAGAAGCAUUGUUCGUGACUUCGUGCUCUGUUCAACCUCAAAACCUCUCGUUGUACAAUCAUGUAAUCUACUGUGAUAGAUAACCAUUGUCUGUUCCAAGCCUUAUCCGCUCGUAGAGUUCGUAUUAGAUGUAUUUUGGUUCUUGCUCCCCGAUACCUUCGUUUAGUGCUACGAUUCGGUACAUUGCAGCUAAUGUCAACAUUGCAUUUUACACUUCAAAUAACAUCUCAGGAACAACUAAAUCAACUGUGAUUACAACUGAAACAGUGAAAUAAUGAUAAUUAGACAUAAGACUAAGCACUGUUAAGUAAGAAUGAACAGAUGAAAUAGACAAAUAGAUCAAGUUCCCCUAUCAUUCCUCCAUAGUCCAUACCUUAGUAUGAAUAAAGUUAAAAGAAAAAAAAAUUAAUCUACUGUGAUGAAGACGACCUCAAACCCUGCUCUCUUAUCUUGAUGCAUUCUUUGACUAUCUAAUUUACACCACAAUUCUCUGUCUAAGAGGUCUCUUCAAUCAUAUAUAAUCAUGUAAAAGAAAGAAGGGGGGAAAAAAGAGAGGGGAUCAUGAGAAUGCAUCAAGAACACAUUAGUCUUCUUUUCUUAUAUGAAGGGAGCUUUCCAAACUCUUCUACCAGGUUGGGGUUGAGAGCCACAAAUUACACUAAGAAAACCCUAUGAAUAGGUACCCUAGAAAUCUUCCACAGCUUUCCCUCGAAAAAUCAAACUGUGGGGCCAAGAGAGCGGUGAGCGCCACGCAGUCAUCUAAAGGUGUCAUCUUUGAGCUUGUUGUUCUGAUCCAGCAGCACCGGAAGUGCUCGGCGCUCCUCCAGCACCGUUCUCAGCCGGUGGCGCGGUGCCCCAUUUCCCUUCCGAUUCCAAUGGUUCUAGCACGUGGACUGCGCCGUCUGUUAGUCCCAAAGCAAACUGGUUGGCUUCUGUUGGAUGUGCCGCGAUCACCAACGGAUAGACCCUCAAGCUGUUGAAACAUUCCAAAGUGUCAAACAGCUAAACCGAGGGACGAGAAUAAAGUUUUGGUGAACAGAGAAGAGGAACGGACCUUGGAUUUGGAGGUAGGUAAGCGGCAGAACUUAUCCUGCACCUCAGUCUGAGAGCUGGAGCUGUAAGAACACCCACGCUUCCAUCUUCGAAGCUGACGUAUAUCGACUGGCUGUCGCAAGAGUAGGUCGCAUGUGUGAUAGGAUUUGCGUCUCGAGGGAACCACUAUAGAGAAGAACAAUUUAGCAACAGCGUGACUUCAGCAAUAAUCAAUCAACUACAAAAGCAUGGCUUGAAAGAAACCAAUUCCGUCCUAGUUACCUGCUUCAAACAAUCGAGUUUCGGCGCUUCGUACAGUGCUAUCUGUGAUUCGUGAACGGCGAGCAGAUGUGUCUGGUCGACAUGAAACUGGACCCGGGUAUCCGAAACAGGGGAGGUCGGACGCCCGGGAGGGAUUUGCAGGAAUUUACUAGCCUGCCUAUCCCAUCCAUCCGUGUUCCACACACAUAACUGUAGUCAGGGAAAAUAAUAUUAGUAAAACCAG